AUGAAAUUCAACGAUGGAGGAAGUAGUCUCAUUCUCAACACGAGUAGAAAUGGACUUGGUUUGUGCAUUACCAAGUUAUUGAUUGACAAGAUGAAUGGAAAAAUUCAUGUCGAAAGUGCUCUAAAUGUUGGAACCAAAGUCACCAUUAUUUUACCUUUACAAAACACCACCAAUGACAUGUCAGAAGCCAUUUCAGAGAUUCUUCAAGGAGAAGGUGUCGAAUUUAAUGCCAUCAUUAUUGAUCGAGAUGAAUGCUUUAGGAAUGUAUUGUCCGAUUACCUUUUAUUAUUCAAACAUCUUAAAAAGUUGGAAACUUUUUCAAGUUUGGAAGAAAUGUCCAUCCUGUCACUUUCAUCCUCAAAUUUGAAAACAAUCAUCUUUUGUUCGGAAGAACAUUUUAAGGUACUCUUGAAUGAGAAGGCAACCAUACUUGGACAUCAAGACAAUGUCAUUCUUGUGCCCACCACCUUUCGAGGAGCAGAACGAGAAUUCUUUGACAUCAAAUACCUUGCAAAACCUGUUCGAUCCAGUGAAUUGGUGGAAUUUAUGAGUUUUGUGUCGACCAACACACAACGACCAAAUGCAGAGGUGUUGUCAAAUACUUCGAAUGCAGUGUCCGAUUCCUGUUCGUCCUCAUCGUCGUCGUCGUCACAUUUUGCUGCACCAACGAAGAACAAUGAAAACGGAGAAGAAUCCUCUCUGGUGGCUGCAAACAAAAGUUCCGAAACAACAACCACGACAUCGACAUCGACCACAAGCUAUUUUGACUUUAGCAAAUUCUCAGUGUUGUUGGCGGAUGAUAAUGCAGUGAAUCGAAAAGUAUUGAUGAAAAUGUUGCAAAUCAUUGGAUUCAAAGAUAUUGACACUUCCAAUGAUGGAAUGGAAUGUUUUGAAAAGUUCAAACAAAAAGCAUAUCAACUCGUCUUGUUGGAUUGUUACAUGCCCAUUCUGAGUGGACGAGAAGCGUGUGAAAUGAUUCGAAAUUUAGAGAAACAAACUCACACGCGAGUUCCAAUCAUUGCAGUCACUGCCAACAACUUUGAAAGUGAACAAGUGCUCAAAUCGAAUGGUUUCGAUCAUGUCAUUUACAAACCCUUUGUGGUGGAUUAUUUGAAACAAGUGUUUACCAACAUUUUAGAUUACUAUUCACAACAUUAUUUUCAUCAUCCUCCUCAUGUCAAUAACCACACCACCACCAGCACCUCUACCACGACAGCUGCUCAUGUCCAUUCUCCUCCUCCUCCUCAUUAUCCACAACAACCUCACAACCAAAAUCAGUGA